AUGAUUUGCAUGUUUUGCCAGCUUCUGGAUACCACGCUGGAAACACAAUCGCAUAGUGAGCUUCUUCCAGCUGUCAGAUUGUUGGUUUCUAAGGACCAUUGUGAUGGUAGAUUUGUCUUUGGGCUGGACAUGAAUCACCAACUUACAAAACAAAGCAGCUUAAGAACUUACAAUUCCGUUCUACUGUCAUUUAAUGGGUUGAAUUUUGCUGGUCAGCCAUGCAGCAGCAAAAAGUUAGCAGAAAAAUCUGCUGCUGCUGAGGCUCUUCUAUGGUUAAAAGGGGAUAGCCAUUCAUUCGAUGAUAUUGACCAUGCUUCAGUGCUUUUGAAGAAGAGCAACAAGAAAAGUAGGAAGAAAUCGUUGAGUGGCGCUAAAUGGAGUUUAUCUGCCCUCAGAAGACUACCUUGGAUGGAUUUGUUAAUAGGGUUAUAUACUGAGGAAGAAUUUGUCCAGUUGAAGGCUAUGGUACCAUUAAUUCAAGGAUCUUCAGCCAUAAUUCCAGUAGCGAGUGUACAGAGCCAUUGA